AGCGUUGCAUAGACCCAUCCGUCGCUUCGCUUUCGUUCGAACGCGUUGGACCCAGCUCCCCGCCUAUAACGAGCCGAAGCCCUCCACAUCGAUCGCAUCCAUCAUCCUCAUCGUCGCGCGCACCACUCGCCCGGUCGCCCCAUCCCCACUCUGGCACUCCAGCGCCCAAAAACCUUCGCCUCCGCCUCCGCCAUGGGAGACCACCGCGCCACGGCCAAGGUCCGCGUGAACGGCGCGCCGGCAGAAGCGACGCUCUUCUGCACCGACCCGCCGGGUGCAGCUAAUGGCGGCGGCGGAGAUGGAGGGGAGCUCCGGUGGCGGUGCGCUGGUGGCGCCGCGGCGGAGCGCGUGCUGUCGCUGGACGCGGACGUGCUCGGGGUCGAGGCCAGGGGUAAGGAGGUGGUCGUGAAGGCCUUCGUGCUGCCGGCGGACGCGGCGGCCAGGUCGGUGUCCUGCGCCGCGGGUGCGGGGAAGGGAGGAGGAGGACGGAGGAGGCGCAGGAGGGAUUACGUGUUCGAGAUGGCCGCCGGCGAGGACGCCGCCGCGGCCUGGUGCGACAGGAUGAGGGGCUCCCUGGACUCUCUCGGCCGGCCUAAGAGAUUGUUCAUCCUGGUCAACCCCUUCGGCGGCAAAAAAUGCGGAAAGAAGAUUUACGAGGCAGAGAUCAAGCCCCUGUUCGAGGCCGCCGGUGUCAACGUCACAAUGCAAGGUUUCCGGAGCGGAAUGCACAGACCCGGUAUCAGGGGCACGCCCGGCAGGUGGCGUCUUCUCUUGACCUUGCGCGCUACGAUGGCAUUGUCUGUGUCAGCGGCGAUGGUGUCCUCGUGGAGGUUGACUUCUUUACUGAUAUACUCGUAUAUCCUUUUCGGGGAAUGCGUAAAAGGCUUGCGUAUGAUUGCGUUAAGAGAAAAGGAUAUACUUCUAUAUCUAUCGGGGAAAGUCCAGAUUUGCAAGAAAGGCUCGCAAAAAGUAGUAAAUGGAAUUCUACAACGAAUGGAUUGGGAGGAAGCGAUGAAGAUACCGAUUGGGGUGGUUCCAGCAGGUACAGGAAAUGGCAUGGCUAAAUCGCUGUUGCAUUCUGCCAGUAAGACAUACUCGGUUCCAAAUGCCGUAUUUGCCAUUAUCAGAGGUUACAGUCAGUCCUUGGAUGUAUGCACCAUUGUGCAGGGAAGGAAGAAAUUUUUCAGUGUCUUGAAUAUGACUUGGGGUUUGGUGGCUGAUAUAGAUAUUGAGUCUGAGAAGUACAGGUGGAUGGGAAGUGCACGCUUUGAUUUCUAUGCUUUGGUUCGCAUAAUGAACUUGAGAAAAUACUACGGAAGUAUUCAGUAUGUUCCUGCCCCCGGCUAUGAGGCAUAUGGAGAUGUCGUCAAGCAGGUUGAGAAUUGCACUGUAGAAUGCCAAGAACAGAUUGGGAAGUCUUUGUGUUCUUAUCAAGGUCCUUCCGUUGAGUUUCAAGGUUCAGAAUGGAGAUCCCUUGAUGGUCCAUUUGUGUCUAUUUGGAUCAACAACGUGCAAUGGGCUGCUGAGAGUAUCAUGGCAGCUCCUGGGGCCAAGUUCUCAGAUGGCUACAUGGAUGCAGUCAUAGUCAGGGACUGUCCAAAGGCUGAUCUUUUAGCCCUACUGAUGAAGAUGGGCGAUGGGAGUCAUGUAAAAUCACCAUACGUUACGUAUCUAAAGGUGAGAUGUCUUCGGUUAUCACCAGGCCAGCUUGUGGAGAAUCCAAAACGAGGUGGCAUAAUAGACGUGGACGGGGAGGCUAUCGCUAGAGGAGAAGGAACGUACGGCAAAAACCAGAAACAGGACGUGAUGGGUUAUGGCCCUUCCAUUCAGAUGACAGUGCACCGAGCGUUGGCCACAAUGUAUUGUCCCAAAUGACCCCUUUAUCUCCUCUCUCUCCCGAGAUUGGAGUAUUUAUUCGUGCCAAUUGUUUCGCUCUUUGUUAGAAAAACCUGGUAAUCUUGAGCAGUAUUCAUUAGAAAUAUCUUUUGAAAAAAAGAAAACGCUGAUACACCAUUACACCUUCGCAUGAAACAACAUAACUGGAUUAUUUUAACUGGAAAUAUGCAUAAAUCAUACAGCAGGCACACGAUUUGAGUCA